AUGGGCGGGAACUUGAGCGUACUCAUCGUUGACACGCCGGAAACGGAUCCUUGCGAGGAACACACGAAGCGCAUUGCGGAGCUCGAGGCCGAGCUCCAGCACGAACGCAAGGACAAAGCUCGCUUGAUUUGCGACCACGAGGGAGAGCUCCAGCAGCUUCGCGACGACAAAGCUCGCUUGAUUCGCGACCACGAGGGAGAGCUCCAGCAGCUUCGCGACGACAAAGCUCGCUUGAUUCGCGACCACGAGGGAGAGCUCCAGCGGCUCCGCGACGUCAUCACAGCAGACCAUGCCAACCUCCGAGACGCGCGCGCGAUGCUUCUGAUGCACCAGCGCCUCGGGUCGGUACCGAAAAUCGAGCCGGGCUCGUUUACAAGCCUUGGGAAGGCCGGCGAGUGGCUGCAUCCGUUCGCAGAGCUCACGCCGGGCCGGCUCCAGAACGGCACACUUGUGCUGCGCAUCCAGCUCCAGCGGGCCUUUCAAGACGACGAAAAGGUCGUCUUGCGCUUCAAGCAAACCAUGGCCAUCAUGCAAGCGUACGUCUCCCAUGCAGUCGAGGUCCCACUCCAAGGCGGCGACGGCUCGCUCCUGCGCAUUGUCGGUGCCAGCCAACGAUCGACCAACGACCCCAUCGCGUACGUCGAGCACGUGACAGGCAUGACGCUCCAGCACUACUUGACCACGAAGCGCGAUGCGUCAUGGCCCGAGAAGCUGCACAUUGCAGUUCAAAUUGCCACAGCGAUUGCGCACAUGCACAACCUCGCCGUGAUGCACCGCGACCUCUCAUGGCUGUGCGUCUACGUGGAGGCGACCGGUCGCGUCAAGGUCUUUCCCGGUCUCAAAAUGCGCGACACCGAACCAAACGGAAAGCUGACGAACGGCGUGACCGAGGCGCGGUGGAGUGCUCCCGAGACACUUGCAACGACCAAGGGCAACGAGCAAGGCGCGUCGCUUCAAGACCCUACGCAAGCCCAGACGCUUUUGACCAGCGACUUUGGGCCGUGUCCGUCCAACGAGUACCAAGCACUCGCGUUUGCUUGCAUCCAGUUGGACCCGGACCGUCGGCCCACGGCACCCGAAGUCGUUCGCCGGCUCGAAGCGAUGCUGCAGGCGUACGGUGGUCCAACGACCGUGCCGACCUGCGGCGCGACUGUAAACCUUACGGUGGCCGUGCACAAGACGCUUGGCAUGACGUUCGAGCCGACGUUUGGUUCUUCGUACGCACUCGAGUGCUUGGUCAGCGUCGACGACGUCAGUCGCAAGCCCGUCAAGCUCGUGAGCCACGCGGAAGAUGCCACGUCGCACGCCUUCAGCCAGGAGACGACGAUCAAAAACAUCGACCCGGUCGAUUGGACGCUCCAACUUGUUUUCAAGACGCCAGGCUUCGAGCCUUUUGCAAGCCUUGGUGGCCGCCGCGUCGGGAAGGCCACGAUGCCGCUCGUUGACUUCCUCGUCACCGAGCAAGGGCGUCUCAGUCUCUCGGCGCCCCGAAGUAUGGUCUGCGACAUUUACGGCUACGGCAACGACGGCGGCACGAUCGGCAAAGUGGUCGUUUCGGUUGCGUUCGGCGGCCAGCUCCGAGAGCGCCUCGAGGACUACGGAGCGCGUAUCGUCGAGGGCCGCGACGUUUCGGCGGAAGGGCACCGGAAGCGCAACUUGGUGGCGCAAGCGCUCUGGCGCGAUGGGCCGUAG